AUGUCUUCUCUCCGAUUUAUCUUUUUUGUUGCUCUUUUGGCAGCCGUUGCGCUAGCCGUCCCAUCCCCCAAGAUCCAAAAACGCUCCUUCAAGGUCCCCAGGCAAUUGAACACGGCCCAUCCAACUGGCCCUAAUGGCCCUGCUGCUCUGAGGAAGGUGUUCAGGAAAUACAACUUUCAGAUGAGGGAAGACUUCAUGGUCAAGGAUGGUUUCAUCUCCUUCUCCAAGCAAAGCCAGGAUAAUGUCACCACUGAAUCUGCUGCCGCUGCUGCCGCUCCUGGUGGCACCAACAAGACUGGAACCGUCGCUGCCAACCCUGCGAACAACGCUGCCCUGUUCUUGUCACCCGUCGAUGUCGGUGGACAGACCCUGAACUUGGACUUUGAUUCUGGUUCUUCCGAUCUUUGGGUGUUCAGUACUGGUCUUAACAAGGCCUCCAUUGGUCAGCACGCUGCUUUUGAUCCUACCAAGUCGACCACUUUCAAGAAGAUCGAUGGUGCUCAGUUCAAGAUUAGCUAUGGCGAUGGCUCUGGCGCUUCUGGUGUCGUUGGCACGGAUGAUGUUACCAUCGGAGGUGUUACGGCCAAAGCCCAGACUGUCGAGCUUGCUACCGCCGUCUCGCAAUCAUUUGUUCAGGACGUCAACACUGACGGUCUCGUCGGCUUUGGCUUCUCUGGGCUCAACACUGUCUCCACCAACGGUCAGAAGACUCCCCAGAAGACCUUCUUCGCCACCGUCAUGAACAACUUGGACCAGCCCGUGUUUACCGCUGACCUCAACCCGGACGGCUCUGGAGUUUACGAGUUUGGAAAGAUCGACAGCACCAAAUUCACUGGUCAGAUGGCCUGGGUUCCCGUCAAGGCUGAGACUGGCUUCUGGCAGUUCCCCUCUACCAAGUUCGCUGUCGGUAACCAGGAGUUCUUCAACCCACAGGGCUCUGAUGCCAUUGCCGACACCGGUACCUCUCUUCUUCUCGUCGACCAGCAGGUCGCUGAGGCAUUCUACUCGCAAGUCAAGGGUGCUCAGCUCAAUGCUCAAGUCGGUGGUUUCAUCUUCCCCUGCAAUACCAAGCUACCGGACAUGAGUGUUGCCAUUGGCGACUCGUACAUGGCCAAGAUCCCCGGUAGCCAGCUCAACUUUGCGCCUGUCGACCGGGCCAACACGACUUGCUUCGGUAGCGUGCAGGGCAACCAGGGUGCCGGUCUGCAGAUUUACGGCGACACCAUGUUCAGGGCGCAGAUUGUUGCUUUCAACGGUGGCAACCAGUCGCUCGGUAUCGCCGCCAAGAAGAAUGUCAAUUAAGCGCAGUCGAAUGCCGCGAGAGUCUGUUUGUAGUACAAAAAGAGCCCAAGUAGGUAUACGGGCUUGUAAAUAAUUGCACCUCGUUUGAACCAUUCACUUGGAAAUAUAUGAGACGGCCGAUAGUAAAGGCAGAGCAAAGUACAUAGCUGCCACUUAAUGAAUAAAA